CGUCGUUUGCCGGAAAGCCGCGGCCCCGAGUUUCGUUUCUCGGCAGCCGAGGAGCAGCGGCGGUAGCUGCGGGUGGCACGGCCGGGACGAUGGCGGCGCUGACCCGGGCCUCGUCGGAGCCGAGCCUGGCGGCGCUGGAGGAGGAGCUGACCUGCUCCAUCUGCCUCUCCCUCUUCAACAGCCCCGUGACGGUGCCGUGCGGCCACAACUUCUGCACCUCCUGCCUGGAGCUCACCUGGGCCGGGCUGGAGGCCGGCUUCAGCUGUCCGCAGUGCCGGGCCACCUUCGCGGGCCGGCCGCAGCUCCGCAAGAACACGGUGCUGUGCCGGGUGGUGGAGCAGCUGCAGGGCUGCGCCGGGGGCGAGCAGCAGCAGCAGCAGCAGCAGCGGCAGGAGGAUGAGGAUGAGGAAGAUGAGGCGGUGGCGGAGGAAGCGGCGGCCCCCGUGUGCUGCGACAGCUGCCUGCAGGCUCAGGCGGUGCAGACGUGCCUGACGUGCAUGGCCUCCUUCUGUGCCGAGCACCUGCGGCCACACCACGACAGCCCAGCCUUCCGCGACCACCAGCUCUGCCCGCCCGUGCGCGACCUGCAGCAGCGCAAGUGCUCGCAGCACAACAAGCUCUUCGAGUUCUUCUGCAGGCAGCACGGCACCUGCAUCUGCUCCCUCUGCCUCCUCAGCCACAAGCUGUGUCACGCCAGCCCCCUGCAGCAGGCCAAGGCUGACGCCGAGUCAGCACUGAAGAAGAAACUGACAGAGCUGCAUAAUCAGAGUGAAAAAGCUACUCGAGCAAUGAACUCUGUGAGAACGAGCCAAAGCCAAGCUGCUGAGACAGCUGCCAGAAAGCGAGAUUUGAUGAGAAACGAGUUUUUGGAAAUUAAAGCUUUGAUUGAAGAAAAAGAAAACCAGAUCUUUAAAGUAAUUACAGAAGAAGAAAAAAGAGUUUGCAAUAAGUUUGAUUACAUUUACACUGUUCUGGGAAGUAAGAAGAAAGAAAUUCAGUCUCUCAGAGACCAGAUUGAGAUGGCACUGACAGAACAUGAUGACGUUCUGUUUUUAAAGAGAGCAGCAGCACUGCAACAAGCAUCAACAAAAGAGGCUUUUGUGCCUGUAAUUGAAAUGGACCAAAACUUGAUACAUACUGCUUAUCAGUCUGCCAUUAACCUUAAAGAAAUUGUCAAGCAUACAGUGAGUCAGCCUAAGGAGAAAAGACCAGAAGAGAAACAAACACCUAGGAAAACUAAGCCCCCUCAAGCAGCUGCGCUAAAUAGGCCCAUUCCUGGGAAAAAGCCGCCUGGACCACAGCGUACGUGCAAAGAGAAAAAACCGUGCCAGGUUCAAGAACCUUUGCAGGAGGAGGCAGAUAACCCGGACAAAAAGUUUCCCAUUUCAUUUGGAGCACCAAGCACGGGAGCAACAAGCACAGGAGCACCAAAAGCUGCAGCUGCGGCUAAUACAAAAGAUCUUAUUAGCAGCUUUCUUCAGAAAGACAGAGAGGAGCUUUUGCAGUAUGCUGCUAACAUCACCCUGGAUUUCAACACAGCUCAUAACAAAGUGCUUCUGUCUGACAGAUACACCAAGAUGUCUGUCUCAGACACCCCCCUAAAUUAUAACCACCACCCUCAGCGUUUCACCUAUUGUUCCCAAGUGCUGGGGUUCCAGUGCUUCAAGAGAGGCGUCCACUACUGGGAAGUGGAACUGCAGCAGAAAAACUUCUGUGCCAUUGGCAUCUGCUAUGGCAGCAUGGACCGGGAGGGGCCAGACAGCCGCCUGGGUAGGAACAGCAGUUCUUGGUGUAUUGAGUGGUUUAAUGCCAAAAUUUCAGCCUGGCAUAAUGAUGUUGAAAAGAACUUACCCAAUGUGAAGGCUACCAAGAUUGGUGUGCUGCUGCACUGUGAGGGAGGGUUUGUGAUUUUCUUGGCUGUUGGGGAGAAGCUUAACUUGAUAUAUAAAUUCAAAACCCAGUUUACUGAGGCACUGUACCCUGCCUUCUGGGUAUUUUCAAGUGGUACUGUUCUCUCCCUCUGCCAAAUGAAACAGUAAGGUCUGAUAUCUUAAUGUAGUUUGCCUGGGCAUUUACAUGCAGAUAAUCAUUCCUUGCAGUAACUCAUCUUAGUAGCUAUAACAUGUAUUUUACAAGUUCAUGAGCUAUUAACUUGCCCGUCUUAGUCAAAGCAGUCUCAAAAAAUGUUUUAAGAUGAAGAUCAAUAACUUUUUAGCAGUUUGGGAUAUCUGAUGAUUCUUUGGUCUGAAUUGCUGAAGCCUUUAGAUAGUAAUUUAGUAAAAUGUUGAUGACAGUAAAAAAAACACAGUGAAAGGGUUUGCAAAAACCUUGGCUGUCCUUCCAAAAGCAGUUAUCAUAUGAUCCACUCCUAAAAGGCUGCAGUAGCUGCUGUGACUUCUGCAGUUUGCUGUAAAGGAUCCCCAGAUGUCGUUUUCAAGUCUGUGUUUCACAGAUAGCAAUAACUGAGAAAGAAACGAGGAAUUCUUGAAAAAUUCAGGUUUCAGUCUUUGAGGUUGGUCUCAGUUUUACCUUAAAUCUUUCUCUAUAUUCAGACCACUGUCUGUAGUCCAGAUUUACAACAUAUAUGUUCUUAGUGCGUGAUGGCCAAUGCGAUGGCACAGAAUGAACUACUGAAAUCAGUAAAUUCAGGUCUUGUGACAGCUAUAAAAUUAAGUAUGACAAAUCUCAUCAGAACGGAAUGCAGAUAUUUUUAGAGUUGAUGGAUAAGAAAUGGUAUCAGAAUCACCAGGUAAUAAAUUGCUGAGAAGAGUUAGUGGGUUGAAGCAAUCUGUCUCAUGUUCUGACCCAGAAUAUGCUUCACAUAGGAGGCUCUUCAGUGUUUUGUGUGUUGAGGAGUUCAUGGAGCCUAUUUUUGGCUUGCAUAGGAGCAUAAAUGUGCUGUUCACUUUAAUUUAUGACAGGAGACCCUGCUUUCUUUUCCUCACUGUGAGGCAGGAUAUUCUCUGCUGGCAUAUUUUCAGUUGCUUAGUUAGUAGAGACUGGAUUUCCUACAGUGUGUUAUGUUACUGGAACUCUGAUUUGAGGAGCACAGUACAUAGAGAAUAUUUCCUCUGUGCGUGAAGCCUGCACACAGGGGAGUCUUUCGAAACAGAGAGGGAAUUAGCACAAAGGAGAAUACACUUCAACCCCCACUGGAAUGGAUUUCUAAUUCUUCUGGUGUUCUUUCCUUUGGGUUGUAGUAUGUCUCCAGAAGUCCUCACCAUGUGCGGAGGACUCUGCACCUCUGCAUUUCUUAAUUACAACUUUAAAAGAACUGGUAGGCAACCAUGGUACUUGGAUCUCAUAGUUGUUGGGCCUGUAUCUUGGUGACAUCUCUGGACUUACCAUGCUAGCUCUAAUUUCUUGGAGUAGGCCAUGAAGAACAGAGAAAAUUCCUGGACUCUGAUAGGACUGAGAAAUAUGCACUGAGAAAUAAAACACGAAGCUACAGCUGACAGUUUGAAAGGAAAUUGUUGGAAUGCUCAAAAGAAUCUCUGACUACAUUUCAUAUCAAUUGAAGUGGGAGACUUGUAGGGAUUUAAGCUUUGAUGUCUCCGUUUACUUAGUUUGUAAACUCUCAGUACAUUGUCACAGGUAGCCUAAGUCCAAUAGGAUGUGUCUAUCUGUUUGGCCAGAAUGGGAUAUGGAAUUGCUGCUGGAUCUAAAAGUGUAAUGGCUGUCUUUGGAGCGGUUGUCCUGUCUCAGGAGUCUCACCCUUCCAAAGCACAGUCAGCACUAAAACUGUCAAAUUAAGCAAAACAUUUUGAAAGGUGAGGAAGGAGGAUGUGUCCUGUUUGAAGCAAGAAGUGCACUGAAAGCUUUUUUUUUCUGCAGUUCCAGUUUGGCAGCUGUGGGGACACGAGCAGUUUGGUCUGAGAAAUCUUGUCCCUUUAGCUGCCUCACCAUAGUAUAGGGCUGCAGACCCACUCAGUGGGGUGCUGAAGGAGUACGCUAUCCCCUUCUUCAUGGGGGGGAAAAAAGUGCUUCAGCAGCUUGUGCAGUGGAGAAAGUCCACCUCUUCUCAUCUUCUGUUGCUUGCUCUUUGACUUUCAAAGGGGUGUCGGUGUUAACCUUUAAAGUCUUUGGGCUUCUUUAGACAUAGUCUGGAGUGACACUCAACAGUUGGACUUGAUGAUCUCAGAGGUCUUUUCCAACCUAAAUGAUUCUAUGAUUCUGUGUUCAAGCCAAUGAGAGAAGAGUUCUUACUCUGCCACACUGGAUAAGGGUAGAUUCUUUAAAUGUGACAUGGGUAUGUAACACAUUAAGACAUGUUCUGGUUUACGAUGGGAAGUGAAAAAAGCCUGUCCCCACGCUAGUGAUUCCUGUUUAUUUUGGUUUUGUGUUUUGAAUGAAUCAAAAUAGUAGAAUGAGGGUCAGUUAAUUUGGAACAAAAUGAGAAAUGCACAACUGGGUUGUCACACUUCUGAAAACUGGUAUUUCACUUAGCUUCAGAGAAGAUAUCCUUUGCAUAUAUAAAAAUGGUGGGGCAGAUAUAUAUCAUUAGAAUAAAAUAUCAGUUACAGCAUGAUAAAUAAUAACAACUGAAGUGGUUUUACUCAGCCAGUAAGAGUAUCAAAGCUGUACUGGUUUGUAAAUGAAAUGUAGACAUGAGCAUAAAUUUCAAUUACACUUCUCUUUUUAAUACUGCAAAGAAACUGAUUAUCCAGUAUAGGAAGAGAACUAAUUCUGGUGUUAAUAAAGCCCUAAGUAUGUGGAAUGAUUUGCAUAUUAAUGUGUAAAUGAUGGUAACUGGAUAAACGCUUGCCCACUGAAUGCCCUAAUCUGCAUUAAUUUAAUCUCUUCAAUGAAAUACAUCAGUAAAAUACUGCAGUUAGAAAAAUAAAUGCUUAUGUAAGUACAAACCUGAUGAUUGUACUGGUAUCAGCCAUGUGCUUCAGUAUGUACGCUAUAUGCUAUUUGAUAUAGAUGUUUCAGCUAGACAUCCUUGUCAGGGCAGUAGACAUGGAUUUUAUGCCAUCUGCUUUAUUGUUGUGCCUAUACAGUUUUUAGAAGAUGACUGUUGCUGAUCUUUUCAAUUUUCAAGUGAAUGAACUGAUAUUUUGAAUUCAAUAAAUAUUCUUGGUAAACUCUAA